CAUUGAAGCAUUCUAUGGGAGUGAGUGAGGUGGGGGUGUUUCUGGGUAUAAAUAUUCCACACUGUACAGUGAGACACAUUUCAGAAGAGGUCCGACUACUGCCAACACCUUAAGCUCUGUGUGCCAUGAUGAAGGCUCUUCAGUGGAAUAUAGUGCUGCUGUGCAUGCUGGGAAAUGUGCUGUGUGACUGCCAGAAAGACUGCAUGACGUGCAACAAGCACCUGUACAAACAGCACAACUUCAACACUCUGCUUUGCAUUGUGGAAUGUGAAGGAAAGAUCUACUCAAGUUCCAUGUGGUCCGUAUGCAAAACAGUUCUGGUAAAGUCAUCGGUACAACUCAGCAUGGACAGCUUUGAAGAAGAAGAAGAUUUCAAACCUAUAAAUAUAGAAGACAGACAGUUUGCCUCCAAUUUCAAGAGGCUCAGCGAUCUCACAAAAAUGGUUGAGUUAAAUAAAUUGGAUGAAGACAAGAGGCUGUCCGAUAUUAGCGACCUGAUCCGCGAACAAGGCGAGGAAGAUACCAACAUGGACGGCACGGAGAAGACGCUUGGAAUGGCCAAUUAUCCUGAUGAAUUUGCUCAACUGCAAAACCCAUCUAACGCCAUGUCCAAACGAUUUGGGGGGUUUGUUAAAGGAAAAUACAGCUACAGAAAAUUUAUGGGUCCCUCAAAGGAUCUCCAGAAGCGUUACGGAGGUUUCAUUGGCGUCAGGAAAUCAGCCCGGAAAUGGAACAACCAGAAGAGAUUUAGUGAGUUUCUGAGACAAUACCUGGGGAUGUCCACACGCUCCGCUGAGUACGACACCUUCACCAAUGACAUGAACGAAAUAAACGGGCAACACGAAAUCUGAAGACUUCUUUAUUGAGGCCUAGAAUCUGAUUUAUAACCGACAAGGCAGAAAGUCAACUUCCACCCCUACUGCAUAGACAUUAUGGCAAAUUGUUUGGUCACCAUCGGGGAAUAGGGAGAAUAUAGUAGAUCUUGUUUAUAUAAAUAUGGCAUAAAUACAGUGAGAACCUGCCCAUGACUCACUUACCUUUAUUUGACAUUGUAGAUGUUACACCUGUGUUUGAAUUAUAAUCGUACAUGACAUGCAAUGCACUUGUUUUGGAUCUUUACCAUUCAGUCACCAAUAUACCAAGUGGGGUGUAACCAAAUCUCCACGUAUAGAGGCGUAUUACAUACCCCAUCUUUUCAUAGGCAUUAUUUCAUUCAUUUCAUUCAUAUCCAGUAUAGGGACAGCCGAGACCUUCUGAGAGUUACUGGGCAAACUGGCAAUUGGCCCCAAAAGGCUUUGUAUAUUGCACCUUAAAUAAUGUUUACAAUUUGUGAUUAAACAUAUGUAUUGGGGUUUUUAUUCUCCCAUCGAAUGCUAA